AUGCAGCCCCUCCGCGCUCCCCUCGCCCUGCUCUGCCAGGUGCUGGGCGCCUGGGCUGCUUGCGCCCUGGCCCCCGCCGCGGCCGCUGGGCUGCCGGCGCCCCCGCAGCGCGCCCGCUCGCCGCUAGCCCCGACACCCCUCGCCCCGGGCCGGCGGGCGGCCGCGGCUCUCCCCGGUGGCGGAGCCCUCCCCCCCGGGGCCGACGCCGCGACCGGCGGAGCGGCGCGGCCGGCCGGCAGCUGCGCGCCGCGCGGGGCGGCGGGGGCCGGGCGGCGGCGGGCGCGGAGCAGCGAGCGCGGAGCCGGCGCGGCGGCGGGGAGGGGCGCGGCGGGCGGCCCUCGCUGGCUGCCCCUGAACGGCUCGGCCGGCGGCGAGGGCAGCGCCGGGGGCCGCGGCAACGCCACGGGGCGCCGCGCCCGCCUCCGCAACCCCUUCUACCCGCUGACCGAGGAGUCGUACGGCGCCUACGCCGUCAUGUGCCUCUCCGUGGUGAUCUUCGGCAUCGGCAUCAUGGGCAACAUGGCAGUGAUGUGCAUCGUCUGCCACAACUACUACAUGCGCAGCAUCUCCAACUCCCUGCUGGCCAACCUGGCCUUCUGGGACUUCCUCAUCGUAUUCUUCUGCCUGCCGCUGGUCAUCUUCCAGGAGCUCACCAAGAAGUGGCUCCUAGAAGACUUCUCCUGCAAAAUCGUCCCGUACAUCGAGGUAGCCUCUCUCGGAGUCACCACAUUCACACUGUGCGCCCUCUGCAUAGACCGAUUUCGCGCCGCCACCAACGUGCAGAUGUAUUAUGAGAUGAUCGAAAACUGCACCUCGACGACGGCCAAGCUGGCCGUCAUCUGGGUGGGCGCGCUGCUGCUGGCCCUGCCGGAGGUUGUGCUGCGCCAGCUGGCAAAGGAGGACCCCGAAUACAGCGGCAGCCCCCCGGGGGAGCGGUGCGUGGUGAAGAUAUCCACCACGCUACCUGACACCAUCUACGUGCUAGCUCUCACUUACGAUGGGGCAAGACUGUGGUGGUACUUCGGCUGCUAUUUUUGUUUGCCUACCCUUUUCACUAUUACUUGCUCCCUGGUAACAGCGAGGAAAAUCAGGAGAGCGGAAAAGGCUUGCACUAGGGGGAACAAGCGACAAAUUCAGCUGGAAAGUCAGAUGAACUGCACAGUGGUGGCUUUGACCAUUUUAUAUGGCUUUUGCAUCAUUCCUGAAAACAUUUGCAACAUUGUGACUGCCUACAUGUCCACAGGGGUCUCUCGGCAGACUAUGGACCUCCUCCAUCUCAUUAGUCAGUUCCUUUUGUUCUUUAAGUCCUGUGUUACCCCAGUUCUCCUUUUCUGUCUCUGUAAACCUUUCAGCCGGGCCUUUAUGGAGUGUUGCUGUUGCUGCUGUGAUGAAUGCAUCCAGAAGUCUUCAACAGUGACGAGUGAUGACAAUGACAAUGAGUACACCACAGAACUGGAGCUCUCCCCUUUCAGUACCAUCCGUCGUGAAAUGUCCACUUUUGCCUCCGUGGGGACUCACUGUUGA